GAGCACAAACCAGACCUCACAAACUUCCACGCUCUAAAACAACCCGCGAAGCAAAAACAAAACACUUUGCGACCAAACCGCAAUCAUGCAAGGUUUUAACAUGGGACGCUACGUCCCCCCGGACCAAGAAGGCAUCUACACCGGUAACCAGCUUCACAAAAAAAAACCCCCGGGGAUCCAUGGCAGCACCCAAACCGUGCGUUUCGAAAUGCCCUUCGGCAUCUUCUGCCUCACCUGCGACGGACACAUAGCGCAGGGCGUGCGCUUCAACGCCGAGAAGAAGAAAAUCGGCAAGUAUCACACCACGCCGAUAUUCAGCUUCCGCAUGCGACAUGUCAGCUGCAGCGGGUGGAUCGAGGUGCAGACCGAUCCAAAGAAUACGAGGUACGUUGUUACUGAGGGAGGCAAGAAGAAGGGUGGAGAUGAGGGGGAGGGGGAUGCGGUGGUGGGAGAAAUCCACAUUCGAGAUCCGAAUAUGCCCGGUGAUCCAUUCGCCGCGGUGGAGAAGAAGGUCGUGGAUAAGGCCGGUGUCAAAAAGAGUACCGAGAGGAUUGAGGAGUUACGCGGGUUGAGCGAUAGGCAGUGGCUCGACCCCUACGAGCAUUCCAGGAAAAUGAGAAGAGUGUUCCGGGAGAAGAGGAAGGAGUUACAAGCGAAGGACGCUGCGAACGAAGCCAUCCGUGACCGUGCGGGACUGCACAUUGAGCUUCUCGAUGAGAUCCCUGAGGACAAGACCCGUGCGCAAUUGGUCGAGUUCGGACCGGAUUAUGGAGAUAAGGUCGAGGAGGCUAGGACAAAGCCUUUGUUCGCUACUGCCACUACUGCCACUACCACUACUGCCCGGGAUUCCACGAAGAAGGCUUCAAAACGGGAUACAGCGGGGAAGACAAAGGCGCAGUUGGCUGCCGGGGCUGCGAGGGAGAAGUUACAGAGCGAGAUUAGGAGGAAUACGAGGGCGAGGGUGGAUCCGUUUUUGAGCUUCGAUAAGCCGAAGGUUGGGUUGGAGUUUAAAUUGCUCAAGAGGAAGUAUAUGGAGGCUGGGCCUGAGACUGAGCCUGAACUUCAGUCUGAUGAUGCUCGGGAUGGGGAGCAGUCGGGUGAACCACCUAAAGAGACGGCAGCCGGUGGAAUCGGGCGUGUACAACCGGGAGUCUCGCUAGGCCUGGGCGCAUAUGAAUCUGACGAUGACUGA